AUGGCAACAGAAGGCAAUAGCAACGAUCCUGAAUUACGUUUAUUACGAUAUCUAUAUGUUGGAAAAGAAUAUCCUAAUUACCAGCCUGGAUGUUGGUUUGCCCAUCAUUACUUUAUAGUCAGUAAUGUUCUGUCCAUAGAAGAACUUGCUGAGAAUGAGGAGAAGGAAUUGGUACCCGUUGAACUGAUCAGAAAGGCAUUUGACAGCAAAUUGGUUACACAUCCGGAAACUUUGGUGUUUGCCCUUGCUGUUUGCUGCAGGCAAGAUAAAAGCAAAAAAUUACGUCAACUUGCAUACCAAAAUGUGUCGAAGAUCUGUGCAUUUACCCCGAAUUUCAUUCUGUUUGUUAAAUUUGUUUCUAAACUAUGCAGAGAGAAAGAGUUGAAUUUUAUUACUCAAGGCUGGGGCCAUGGCAUGCGGCGAACUAUUAACAGUUGGUACCUUUCUAAGCAGCCAUUGGAGUUUAUAGAGUGUGUCACAAAAUAUAAAAGUAGAUAUGGUUGGAAACACAAAGACAUUGUGAAGAUGUCUCAUCCUCAAGGCAGUACUCCAGCACAUAGAAUUAUACUGAAGUAUAUGGUACACGGCAUGGCAAAGAUCAAAGAUGCAGCAGAUCAAGAGAAUGAUUCUAGUGUCACACAAUUAAUAGAAUACAUACAACAGGUUGAAGAUUUUAAACGUUGUGAAGAUGAAGUUCGAGCUGCUGGACUGCUGGAAAAAUAUGGAUUUUCAUUAGAUCAUGUACCUGGACAUUUGCUGAAAUCCAAGGAGGUUUGGCAUUCAUUAAUACUGAAAAUGGACGUUGCUGUACUUUUAAACAACUUGCAAAGGAUUCACAAUCUUGGGUUUCUCACUACUGAUGAACCAACAGUUGACAGAGUAAUAGAACGACUUACUGAUCAAUAUCACAUUCAGAACAGUGCAGUUCAUCCAGCAUUAGUUUUUAUCACUCUCAAAAAUUAUCAAUGUUCUGGAAAAUCCCUUUCUUACGAGAAACGAAAAAUUCGAGAACAAGCAAAGAAAUCUAUGUCACCAGGAUUUGAUCCAAAUAUCAAAAUAAUGGAAGCUUUAAACGAGGCAUUCCUUCUGUCAUUUAAUAAUAUACAAUCUACUAAUUUGCGCUACUUAGUGACAAUCAACACAAAUAAGUUGAUGGAUGCACCGACUUGGCAGAAUGGUAAUAUGACCGGCUUCGAGACGGCUGCUUUGAUCGCUCUGAUACUUUUACGUUCUGAGGAAAAUGUUACCAUAGCGACGUUCAACCCCCUCGGAGAUCACUUUAUAAAUGUAUUGGAUAUUCAAACGGAAUCUUUGGAGAAUAUUUUGAGGACUUUAAAGACGACGCCUGGAGAAAGUGUCAUUCUCAAUAGACCAAUCGUGUGGGCCCUUAAACAGUCUGAAAAGUACGAUAUCUUUAUCAACAUUGUGGAUCAAAUAUACGAAAAGCACGAUGAUUCCCAGGAAGUUUUGAUAUCGUACAAAGAACAGAUGAACCUUCCGCAAACAAAACUGAUCAAUUGUACAUUGUGCUCUUCUUCAUCAUUUCUUAAAAACUAUGACCGACAUGUUUUGACGAUCAAUGGUUUCGAUGCUACCGUACCUAAUGUUAUCAAGGCGUUCGCAAAGGGUUUAUUUUAGAUACGAACACAAGUUAAAUCUCUAUUGGAGAUUCUUCAAAAUGUAUUUCCUUAAGAAGUGACAAGCGGUCAAUCAAGAAAAAAAUUAAUCCUCUUAAAACAUAUUUCGAAAUGAAAGUGAAGAAGCACAUGGCAGUUUUAGAAGUCGGUGGUGAGAAUACAGAUUUUCUUUCGAAAUCAAGUUUCGAUUAAUAAGUAAUGCAGGACGCGAAUGAAAAUGGAGAAAUGAAUGGAGAGAAGUUAUAGAAAGAGCUUUCAGAAAAUACUUAAAAUAGUGCCGAAUUUUUUGGAAUUUAAACUGUCUCGUCUUUUUUGUUAAUUCAGUUUGUUUGCACAACCAUGACUGAAUCAAGUUAUUUAACUUUGCUAUUUAUUAAUUUCUUCAAGAUCAACAGAGACAGUAUAUUUUUAAAACAUACUGCAAAAUGGGUAAACGAUAAAGGUGAUUGAAAAAAGUGAUCGUGCACUAUAAUCGGCAUGUUGAUGAUAAAUAAUAUUAAUAUUUACUACAUGUUCUUAGAGUUAGGAAAGAGCUGUGUAGCAUUUCGCUUUUUUUUUGUUGUAAAAUGAUCAGAUAUUUUUUUACUCUUAUUCGGAUUUCUUUGAUGAUACAAUUUAAAUUUAAAUAACUCGACAGUUUUAUUUUUAGAUAACACAGUAUCGUAUUGAUCCGAUUAUAUAAGCAAUAUAUAGAUUAGUUAUUUUUUUAUUAAACUGUUGCACAGUUUAGUUUUGAAAUUUCAAUUUGACGUUAAUUUUUGAAAUAUAUUUAAUUACAGUCAUUUUUUUCUAUAUAAUAUUUAUAUUUUAAUAAUAUAUAUAAAUGUGUAAAUUUAAAACAACUUAAAAAAUCAUAUACAUUGUCUUAUACUAUAUUGAAAUUAUGAUUUACUUGAAACAUUUAAAGUUAUUUUUUAUAUAUAUUUUACUAGCUUUAAAGCAGUUUUAAAAAAAAAAGAUUUUCUUUUAUUUGAUAUAUACUUGUCAUAGUACACAUCGUAAGGUUGUUCUUAUAAAUCAAUAGCCUCAAACUCUUUAUUGUGCUUUUGCGGUCCGCAUACGAGUCCUUAUCUCCCCAUCUUCCGAAAAUUUAUGAAAUUCUCGUACUAAUCUCUGCCUAAAAGCUCAGUGCGGUCUGUGGAAAACUGCUUAAGAUUCUGCCAUAAUUAUUAAUUAAAAUUAAUUUCUCUGUCUCUAUCUAGUUUUGAAGAUACAGGGAAUUGCUUAAAUCUUAGGUAACUCUAACUUAAAUCUUACUUAAUUUUUAAUAUUUAUAAGAACGACCUGCGAUGGAGUUUUCAAAAUAGUUUUUGCGACUGUAAAACUUUAAAAACUCAAAUUUUCAUAUGCAACUGUCAACAAUCUUAUUUUGAAAACUAGGAAAAAAGAAGUACAAUUCUCAAUAGCCCUAUGUUUCAGUAGUAUAUUACGCAGCGAAAAGUUAGGAUAAGACUGCAUAACGGAUACGAAAACGCGUAUCUCGAGUAACAUACGGUGCAUUUUUUGACUAAUAGUAAAAAAAUCUUACUCUAAUAUUAUUAAUUGCUUGCUUGUUUCUGGUUGGCGGUGAUGCUUCUUCGUAAUAAUGCGUAUAGAUAUCGUGACCUUAUUAAAAAAAAAGUGACACGCUUCUGAGACCGGUGCGCUUCUGGACGGUUAAAUAAUAAUCUAAAAUAAGUAAAAAAAAGACAAAAAAAGAAAGAAGAAAGCGGAAGACGUAGAAGACGAUGAACAUAGGAACGUUGAAAAUUUUCCCACUGUGAUAUGCAUUUAGCCCCAAAGAGUUAUAGACUUACAUUAGUAUAAUUUUACUGUUACUAUCUCAUAUUUGCCAUAUCCAAAGUGAACGUGAGACAAAUACUAAAUACACUACUGAAUAAUACUGUGAUACGAGAUACAUUGUUGUUGUUCAAACUAGGGAAGUGGUAUUUAAGUGACUCGGCCAGAAGCGCACCGUGUUUGAUAUUUGUUGAGUCUCUGCGCGAAUUUAACGCGUGAAUUUUUUGUUGAAAAUUUUGUAUCAUAUCUCGAGAGAAAAAAAAAUAUGGGCUUUCGAUUUGCGGAUUAUUGUUAUCGGGUUUUUCCCUCGUUUCUCACGUGAGAUCACGGAAGCACGUACCUCUUUCACACACAUUGCUAAAAAGUACAGCGUGGAUGAACUCUCAGGUCUUCGAAACAAAUUUGAACUAAGUGCUUAAACUAUUCACCUGUUCUUUGCAGCUGUCCCCGAUAAUCUGCAGAUCGAAAGCUGUGUCAGCGUAAAUUCUAUUUCAAUAGACAAUGUUCCGAAAAGGGUAUAUAAAUAGAAUAUUCUUCAAGCAAUCUCUGCAUUUUGCUCCUGAUGAAAAUAAAGUCAAAAUAAUUAAUACUACAAAUUAAAGUUGGACUUUUGAUGGGUGAAUCAUGAAAAAAAUUCAGCUUUAUCAUUAGUUGUCACAAGAGAGAUUGCACAAGAGAGAUUGAUAAAUUAUAAAUUUGAUAAAUUAUUUAUUAUUUAAUAAAUUAUGAGAGAAUUAAUUGGCGAUGAGUUAUAUUUCUUCCAAAAAAAAAGAAGCAAGAUAAAUCGGUUCUACAUAUAUUUAUCAAAAGGCAUAUGUAUAUGUAUAUUUCAAGAUACAUUGUAUAUAGCGACUAAAGCAUACAUUAAUUUUUCAUAUGGAAAAUUUCAAGCAGAAUUACGCUUGCAACUCGGCAAGGAAAGUAAUACGUAUUACACAUAAGUUUAUUUUUAAGAAUGAUAUUUUAAAAGGAAAUCCACGUUUGUUAAUCUCGGUUGCACAGCGUCCCGCAGAGAGUUCUGUAUAAAUUAUAAUUUAUCGGGAGUAAAGUCAGUAUCUUCUACGCUGAACUAUAUUCCUACUCGAACUUCGUGUUUUUGGCGAGCAUUCGCGCGUUUAGAGAAAUUGUUUAUAUACUUACUGCACACUACGUGUCCUAAAUCGUUCAGUGUUAGGAAAGAAAAAAUCUCUAGCGCAUUUUUUUACGGGAAAAAACUUCUGGCGUGAAGGCAAAACUUCUUUCAGAAAACGAAAUGUCUAGUUACUAAACGAGAGUUUAAGAGUAUAUAUGCUACGAUCAUAUAUAUAGUAGCUCAAUGUAUUCAUUGGCAUUAGCAAGUAGGCAUUACAAGUAUUUGUAUAUGUACGGGAGCGUAUUGCGAUCGGAGAGGAUUCCUCGCACAUCGUCUAAGCUCUUUUUUACAGACGUUUACAAGAGUCGACCAAUUUAAUUCUAAAAUCUCUAAUCUCUGAUAGCAAUCUUAUCAUAGUACAAGCUCCACUUUCAUCGCAUAGCAUUACGCGCGAAAAUUAUAUUAGUUAUAAUAUAUUAAAUUUAGCUAUAAUAUUGAAUAGUCGAGGGUUUACGAGAUUCGAGAAAUAAAUCUAAAAUCGGAAUCCUUCCCGCUCGCGGUGCGCGCAGAUAUAUGUAUUCAUUAAUACUAUUAUUAUAAGAAUAUAUACGUCCGAAAUAUGAUAUAGACUGGCACAUUGGAGAGAGAGAAAGAGAGAGAGAAAACUGAAUAGAAAAGCAAAAAAAAAAGAAGAGAGAGAGAGAGAGAGAAAGCAGUACAGCCAGAAUCUGAAGAGAAUCACUUCUCCAUGCUGUUAUUUCACAGUCCAUUGAUUUCAGGAUGUGCUGUAUAGUUAAAACAAGAAAGAAACAAUAUGUUGAAUGUGUUCAUGCUAGACGAAGAAAAAAGAAGAAAAUAUUUACCGCGUAAGGAGGGAGAGAAAAAGGGAAAAUAGAAAAUUCCGCAUUAUGUAGUUAUUAAAAAUGGGAAAUAAAGGGAUGUAACGGAGAAUCGAGAGACACCGUCUCACGGGUGGACACCGUGGCACCAAGUGCUCUACGUCUCGAUCGCGCUACAUCAUUGCUACUAUGCGAUAUUGAGAAGGGGACAAAUUAGCUUCCUUGCCGAAGACGAUUCUCCGAGGUUCCGGACUGACCAUUGAUUUCGACCAGGAAGCACGAACGAUAUUUAUCCGAUACUCAUAGUAUUUUACGCACCGCUGGACACGCAUUAUUGACCGUCUCUCGGAGCAAAUGUCGGUUGAUCGCAAAUCUGUAUAGGACUAACGACUGUAGAGCUACCAUACUCCGUUUCUGUUGGCGGCAUUUCAGUGUGUUAAGUUACUAAAAAAAAAAGUGUUGCGAUAAUUGUUCGAUUCGACAUGUACUUUGUAUGUACAUACGAUAAGAAGUCACGACAAUCUCGCCUCAAUUGCCCUCCAUGUAUGUACGUAUAUGUACACACGCAGAUCUUUCUUUUUUUUCCAAGAAGAAACAAUCUAACUUGCGAAUUAGUUUAAUCGACCGAAGGACUUCCAUUAUUUUUUUAAACGUUCUUUUUCGCAUUUUUUCUCAGUCGUAUGCAGACUUACGCUUGACUAAUGUAUACAUAAGUACGAAAUAGCGCCAUGUUCCUUAGGAUUAUAUACACGAGACAAAAACUUAUAAUUCCAUAAUUAGUACAUUGUCGCUUCAACGAUCUAAUAAGAAACUAGACAAAAAAAUGCUCAAUACCCGUUGUUCGAAGUUUUCGAUGCAAAUGCCAAAAAUACAAAAAAAAAAGAAGAGAAAAGAGCGAAAUCGAAGAACGGAACGAUAUUCAAUUCUACAUGUACAAACCGCAAUGAAAUACCUCGUUACUUAUUCUCAGUGUAAAAUAGCAAAAGCGAAUUGUACUAACUCUGCGAGUUACGACGAAAACAAGAAAAAAAAAACAAAGAAAUUGUCCUUCUGGUUCGUGAUUCACGCACUGAAUGCCUAUCUUUUGGCCUUAUCUUUUUACAUACGGAAAUCCUGUAAAAACGAAAUGAAUCGAUUCACAGGCAAACAAUACCGUUCAACUAACUGCUACCUGUUCGAUGAUUUUUUACGUUUCGCACGUGGGCAUCUGAGAGAAUCUUGAGAUUUUUAAAAGAUUCCCCGUUCAGCUCUCGGUGCGCACACUAUGAUCUCCUCGAAAACUCAUGCCUUUAUCGCAAUUAGUCAAAAUUGAUGUCGUUGCGGCCAGCACGCGUUCCUUCCCCGCGCUGUGAAAGGGAUCGGUGUGACAAAAGAGACAAAUCUUUGGAGAAUAUCAAAGCUUUUUCCUCUUUGGAUUCCCACGUGCUAAUCGCAGCGCCCGAAAUUGUAUAUCGCUGCGAAUUAAUUUCUCAGCGUCUUUUCAUUUAAGGAUAGUAUUAUUACAUGUAGAUUAUACAUGCGUAAAGCGAUAUAUUACUCGCUAAUUUAUGGUACAUCGGAAUCUGCGGAAACCGAAAUAAAAAGAAUUGUCGCGUACACAAGCUGCGUGGGACAAGCUUCGAAGCAGACCAUGAAUUGAAACUUUGAAAAAAAAUUACUUAUUUUACGCUUGCUAUUUUUAAUUUCUUUGUGAAUGAAGAGGUUUUUCUAUAUGUAGUUUAAAUUUUAUAAGAAUUUAUCUGUCGAUUCUAGAAAUCUUCCAUAGCGUCUUAUGUAUUUUCAGAAUAGAAACGAAAAUACAUAAUAUAUAAUAGAUGUGGCUGAACGUAUCACAAUGAUUCAUUAAUUACAUAUAUUAAUACAUUAUUAAUUGAAUUGAAUUUAUUAAAAAUUAAUAUUUAUUUUUGUCUUUUUGGAAAUAUUUAAUAAUUAUAUUGUUGGAUAUAUAAUUAUUCUUUGAUAUCAGAUUCUUGAAAGUGUUAUCGCAAUCUUGGAGAUAAAAGUAGUCAAACAACGGUUUUUUCGAAGUUUUAUUUCAUUGUAAUUCAAAGUCGCGAAACUUUUCCAACGCAGCCUACGAAUUCCCCAUCCUGUCACACAUACGCGUGGAAAACAUCUGUGUCGCGCGUUUCGAUAUUAUUUUUAUACCUAAGUAAAUUUGUGAAACAUUACCCAGCGAUUAAAUUGCUCUGAACAAAUUAACGUCGGAGUUUCACGAAGAAGUGAAUUAUGUUAUUGUCAUCGUGUCUGUUAACGGUUGUAUUUCGGUACACAAUAGGCGAAUUAAGAUAUAUAGGGAAUUGAUUAUGUCUACAAAUUCCGUGCUGUUUUUGUUACGAAACUGGAUCCUUAAAUAAAUUUUCUCAAAACGA